ACGAACAAGCGAACGUUAGAAGGUCUCAAGUGCGGGUCCGGCCGGAUAAGAUCGCAGUAAACACAGGCGGGAAUGAUCACGAACUCAGAAUAAGAGAAAAAAAACAAAAAAUUGUCUUUUCCGUUACAGGUUGUUCUGUAACGUUGUAUCACGUGUGUGGCGUUGUUAUUUUUUGUUGUUUCGAGUGUGUACGUGAAACGAUCAGUAAGAAGGGCUUGAUUUAGGGGUCCUCGGUGAAUAAAUUACGAAUACCGGAAGCAUGGAAGCCGUGCUAGGCUGUCUCAGCUGCAGGAUGGAAGUGAAUCAGAAAUUUGAUCGAUUGUCUUAUGUGCUGAAAUGAAAUGAAGGCUUGUUGCUGUGUGUGAUAGUGAAAAGUGUGCCUGUUUAAAAACCCCAAAGCAAACAACCGUAAAUCAAGGAUCCUUACGGUAUUCGGCGGGCGACGAGAACCCCAAGUUUAGCAAUUUGUUGUUGUGCUACUUUGACAGCUUUGACAGUCAACGGCAAUAGCGAUGGAUUGCGUGCCGGUAGGCAUUGUUGUUUACAGCGGAAAUAUGUGCUGGCGAGAUUCCCAUCAGCAUUAGCGGGGGGCGUUCGUUGGUCGUUGGUGGUAGAACCAAUGCGCAGGUACCAACAGCAGAACGGAUCGGACCAGCGACAAGUGCUGCCUAAACAUUCAAAAGCUCCGACCAAUGCCUGCAGUAGCGCGAUGACCCGAUGUGCACCCUAAAAACCAAACAAAGAACGAUGGAAAGCAUCAAGGGUCUGCUGCUGCAAUCGACGGCCACCGGCACCGGCACCAGCACCAAAACCAGCAUCGAUGACCUCCUUAAGGAUUACCCGGUGCCAUUCCGCAUCAGCUCCGCCAGCGACGGCACACUUUUGCUACCAACCCCCAGCAGCACCAACAGCAAUGCAGCCGAUUUCAUUGCACCACUGCCAACAAGCUGCAAACAGCCACCUGUUAUCGUGGGAGUGGCAGUCAAGCGAAACCUCCGAAAGCAGGACCUAGCAGUGGAGGAGGACAAUUCGAGAACAGCAGCAAAAGUAAAAGUAACAACAGAAACCAUCGGUCGAAGCCAAAUCGAUACCCUGGAAAAGUGGCACAAUGACAUAUUUGAUUUGGGCCGGGACCGAAGUAACGAUUGUAAUAACAACCCGAAUCAGCUGGUGGAGGUGGAUGACGGCGAAGGCGAUCUGAUUGAUUUCAGCACGGAGAUCGAGGUACUGCCGCAGCGAACGGAGAGACCCAAAGGGAAGAAGGUGACGUUUCUGUUGGACGAUUUACUGUUCGGUGGGGACGGCGAACGGAAGGAACAUACCCGGGCGGGAGGUGGUGACAUUGAGGAGUUGAUAGAUGAUGGAAGGGAAUGUGUAAUAACAAAGGAAGGUGAAUGGGAUGUAAGCGAUACCGUUGGAAGUCGCGGGGGACGGCACCAACGGGAGACAGCAAAUGCUGCCACUGGUGGUAAUGAAAUAUCAACAGAGACUAUGCAAACAGAUGACACUGUUUCUAUUGCGGAUGGUAGUGGUCUUACUGGUAGUGUACGAAAAUUGAUAGAAGCAAAAGGAUCGGUUGAGUGCGCAUGUCCGUCAUCACAUUACGAUGGUCGUGAGUGUCAUUCUCAUAGUCAUCAUCAUCAUCAUAAUCAUGAUCGUCAUCAACAUCGUUGUCGUCACCGCGACAACUGCCAGCAUGCACAGAGUGGAACCUCGGAUGGACCAGAGUGCCCUACGGUGGCGAUAAACAGUAUCACCAACACACUGAUAGAGCUGGAUUCCGACACACUGCCGUGGGAGAGGAAACUCGACGAAAUUCCAGAGGACCUCUCAGGCGUUGAGAGUGCACGAUGGCAGAACGCAUGUGCAGAAACUGGCAACCGAUUCGGGCCCAACGUUGAUGGCAGAGUGUCGUUGGAUGCUUCCUGUGCCAGCCGUGAAUCGAUCGAUGUCAGCAGCAGAGACAGCAAACGUGACGAGGACGAGGGCAACGUUGUUGAUAUUCAGGAUGAACAGGUUCACGGUGCUGGCAGCACUGGUGGGUCAAGUGCCGUUCGGCUGGGCCGAACGAAACACGAACGCUAUUUGGAGCCUUCAGGAAUCGAUGAAACGGAUUCGAGCCAGUGUAGUCUGCAGCCAAUUGCCAAAGAAGCAGAAAAUGUUGUAACAUCAGUACCUACUGGUAUUGAACAGCUGGAAUUUGGACCAAAAAAUCCUCCAGAUUCGCAUCAGUUGUGCGAAAAAUCGAUUCAAGUUCCGUCACCAUCCCAUCGGACUGUGAAUAGUGUGGAAUCCUGUGGACAGCGUGUCAGAAAGAAAGAGGUUCACUUUGAUCAGCAGGAGGACAAUUGCUACCACCAGAAAAGUUCGGACAGUGAGAGUGAAAAUUAUUAUGGCACUGGUUCUCCGCCCCCACCUCCGCUGGUGCCACCCGACGGAGUUUCACCAUCGUAUGGCCUAAAUGUGGAAGUUACCCUCAAUGCUCAUAUCAGUGUUCAUGGAUUAAGUGAUUUUGGUUUUUUCUCCACUGGUGACAGAACUGGUCCAGGUGGACCUUCCCCAACGGACGAAAAGGUCUUGAAGGACUCUGCCACCAAUACCAACAACAGAAACAACAACAACAACAGUAACGUUGCCCCAUCAAGUGCGGACAGUGGAAUCAUUAUUAUCGACGAUGACGUCGACGAUAGUGGUGGUGAGAGUGGAAGGGCUACCGCUACUGUCGAGUCCGAAAUCUGUGAACCACUGCUAGUGCUAGACGAUUGCCAGCAGCCGAAGGCGGAGGGACAGUGUCGCGAUCAGGACACCCAAACAUUUAUCGGGAAUUUUGUGCAGCCCAAGCGAACCAGUGAAAUCAGUGUGCAAGUGUGUCAAAAUGGCGAGUCUGACCUGCGAAGCUACGACAGUCUCGAUUCUAGUGUAAGUGAGUCGGAAAUAGACGAACGGAAGGAUCUACGCUUUCUGACGAAAAAUACCGAACAAUAUUUACGACCACCGCUCAAUUUCCUCAACGAGAAGCACGAGUGUUUCGAAGCCAGUAACCGUUUGAAGCGUCUGGAGGAACGGUUCCGCGGAUUUGCGUACACCAAAAAGUUAUUACGUGAAUCUUUAACCUCAUCUGCUGCGGGACCAGCACAGAAUUUGUCAUCAUCGUUGAGCUCACUGUCGACACUGUUGGCAACCAACACCAGCGCAGCAUCCGUACCGUCAUCGGUGCCAGCAUCAUCGACUCCCUCACUGACAGCUGCUGCCAAAGCAGAGCAGGAACAGGAGGACCAAUACUACUCCGGUCGCAGUUUUGUGCCAUCUCGGAAAACAUCCUCCCUAAACGGUCUGUCAAAGGAUUAUUCCCAGUUUGGUCAGCGGUCAAAACCAAAAGUUCCUCCCCUUUUGCCACCGUUAUCCUCAUCACUGCUGUCACUAUCGGCAUCGUCCCUUCUAUCCCUGUCCUGUAUCGAUCUCGAACGAAAACAGCGACAGCAACAGCAGCAGAAGCUUGAAUCCGCUUCAGAUAAUAACAAUUUUUCCAACGACAACAACAACAGCGAAAACAAUUAUCUGCCUGGGUCCAAUCCGAGCGACGACGAACCGGGGACAACAACAGCAUCAGCAGCAGCAGCCCUAUUCAAAGCGACUUCCCUGCCAUCCUUGCUCCCACAGCAUCUUUUUCCGACACCGUCGCCGCCUUCGCGGGCGCCACCAAGACCGCCUCGUGCACCGGAAGUACCUCGGGAGACCCGUAAAUCAUUUGCUCCAUUAUUUUCGUCUGCGUUAGGAGCGGACACAAAAGAAUCGUCCUCCCGUGGGGAUUGCAAUGGCAUUAAUGAAGCCACUGUUUGCUACCCCAGGUCUGUUUCUGCCGUGCCGUUGAAGCACGGUUCUGUGCUGUCGACCGAAGAGUUCCGGCCCAGCUUGGGAACACCGGAGUCCAGUGUUGAAUCGGAAGAGAUCUGCAAGAUCUUCCCUGGGGGUAAGCCACGGAUCGACGAUCCGCUUGAGGUGGUGGAAACAGUGUACCGUGUGUCCGAAGGGGACGAAGACGAAAUCGAAGAAUUAGUUGGUGUAGAGGAAGAAGAAGAAGAAGAAGAGGAGGAGGAGGAGGAAGAAGAAGAAGAAGAAGAAUUCGGUGCCCAACAAAGUGAAAGUGAAGAAAAUCAAGAAUUUAUCAAUUUGGAAAAGCUCCUAGCGGCCGACCCGCACACCAAUUGUGAAUUCGACACACGACAUCUGAGCGAGUACGAACCGACGGUUUAUCAGAUCAAAUACUGCUAUGACGAGCUCGAGGAGGAGCUAGAAAGCGAAACCGGAAGUGUCGGCGGUCUGCUGAUCGGUGGCGAAAGUGAGCGGGCCAGUGUCAGUGUCAGUGACGAAAACGGUUGCGAGUGUGUGAUCGAGGCAGUGCCAAUCUACCGUACGCUGCCGCUCGAUAUGCGCGAAACGACGGGUACCCUGCGGGGGCUGCUGAAGAAACCGAACCGGCCACCGCCGGUCCGCAAGAAUCGGGUCGUGUUCGACGAGACGCGGAAUGAGUUCUUCGAGGCCGACUACAUCAUUCUGAUCCGGGAGGACUGCCCGUACGACGAGGAGGAUGAGGAGCCGUGCACCUGCGGCGAACACGAGCUCGUUCGAAUAUGUUGUGACGAAGGCUGCAACUGCGGCUACACGGACGACGGACGGACGCCACCGAGUCCCAAAUUUGCUCCACCCAUAGAGUUUGUCGAUCAGGCCACGCUGAGCCCUCCCGAGGGCUACAAGGACGGCAGUGGGCUGUUGGACAAUGCGCUCGGCGGCGCCCUCGGUGGGCAUGUCUUCGGUGCACAACAUAUUCAGCAGCUUCAAGUUAUCCAGCGGCUACAGCAGCAACGGGCGGCCAUGUUGGCCGCUCGGGCUGCUGCUGGUCAGCAGGGACAACAACCGGGCAGCACUCAGACCUCCCAGGCUGGCAGUGGCGGUGGCGGCGGCAGCGGCGGCGGCUCUGCUGUUGUCGCUGGCACGGGCGGAACAGGACAAACUCAGCAGCAGCAGCAAACUGUUUGUACCGAAUGUGCCGAAUGUGCGGAGUGUGCCGCCAAGCAGUUGCAUGAUGAAGAAUGUGACUCGCAAUGUUCGGACGACAUUUCGCCGAUGAUGGAAGCGCCGCUACCACCGCAUGCCACCCUCCCGAUCGCCCUGGUGCCGCUCCAGAAAUCCUCCCCGGAACGGAGGAUCACCCAGAAGGAGAUCAUCGCCGGCGAGGAACGGCCCAAAUUCCUUACCAUCAAGCAGGUACAGGAUGCCGCCCAAGGUGAUGACGAUAAGAGUCAGUCGGCCGGUGCGGUGUCGAGUGUCGCGUCGCAGGUGCCAAAUCAGCAGCGUUACAUCGUCGAAACCAUCACGAUGACCACCGUCACCGAGCGGCGGAUCGUCCAAAAGACCCAACCUACUGACAUCACAUCGGAACAUUCGCCGGUGGUUUCUAUCGUUGCAGUGACAUCGACGAACGAAACUGGUUCGACGGCGGUACCGGCUUCGACCGCUUCCAGCAAUCUCAGCAACAACAACAACAACAACAGCAACGACCUUCGCACACUGCAGCAGAAGCAACAACUGCUCCAACAGCUGCAUCUACAGAAACAACAAAAUGCGGCAAUCGGCGGAACUGGGGCAGAGAUCAGCCAACAGUCUUCGAGUGGAAGUCUGGCGAACAGCCACUACGAGCUGGGAAAGCACAAACCGCUCAGUACGGCACAGGCAAUCAGUGGCAUACUGAAGGGUGGAAAACUGUGGAAAAACGAACAACAGCAGCAGCAGCAACAACAGCAGCAGCAUCACCAGCACACCCAACAGCAUCUGCAUCUGCAUCAGCAGCAGCUGCAAUCAUCGGCACAGCACGACGAUUCCACAAACGUGACAUCCGACGAGGAAACCAGCUCGAAGCGGUCGGUCCGCUUCACCGAAGAGUCCACCAUUCGGGAGUCAUGCUGCGACGGAGAAGUUCAGUCCGGUCUCGGUGAGGGAGAGCUGGGCACCGGAAAGCCCAUCAACUACAUGUCGGACACACUGAAGCGGCAUUCGUCCAGUCUGUUUCACAAUGCGCUACGGCCGAACUCGGCCGUCCGGCAGUUGUUUCCCACUGCGGCGAUUAAUCCGCUGCACUCGUCGGCAAGCGGUGCCACGGUGACAACCGUGGCCACCACAACGACCAUGGCGACGGGGACGAUGCUGGCGGCGGUCAAUACGACCAGUGCGAAUCCCGCCAGCAACCCAACGGCACUAACUCAGGAGGCGUUGAAAGCAUUCGACGAUUCGAAAAAGCCCGCUCUGGUGCACCAGCACAGCACCGCCAGCAAUAGCAGCCAGAGCAACAUCAACACCAGCAACCCGUCCGGGCCCGGCGGAAGCCCGGGUGGAAGCUGCGGCGGGACGGAAACGGACACUAUUCGGCGGACCAUCGAACGGAAUGCACUUCGCCGGUCGCUUAUUAAGUAUGAACCAAAGAAAAAGAUCCCCGUGCGGGAUGUCACCUCCCUGGAGGAGCGCAUCCGGCAGCUGACUUGCGACAUCGAUGAUCCGAUCAACGAGGGCGGCGAUGAUGGUCAGGGUCAGGACGGUGAUUUGAACGAAAUGGAAAGGCGGGACAGCCCGGCCGGAGAGGAGAACCCCCAGCAGCCGAAGUACAUUCCGGACAAGAGUUUUUCGCCGAGUUCGUCGGCAUCGAGCUCUUCCAGUGGAUCCAACGGUUCCACCUAUAAGAAGAUUACCGAUCUGUUCCACCGCGACCGACGGCAGGAGAAAAUUCCGGAAGCGGAUGAGAACCCGAUCGUGAUUAUCCCGCAGGUUUAUGGUGAUCAUUUGCAGGACUGUCGUUGCCCGGCAGGGCCAGAUAUCGGAAUGGGAGUUCAGAUUCAAGGAGGUCACACACAAAUACAUCAACCACCGCAGCAGCGCCAGGCGGAUUCACGACGACAGUUCCUUUCUACGCUUGCCCCUCUGACAGCGUGCGUUGCUGGUCAACGCGAUGAUCUGUCGUACUACACACUUGCUCAACCCGGAGACAGGAAUUCGUUGGGAAGCUCCCAGUGCACGGAGUACAGUUUGGGAGACAUCGAUGCUGCUUUGCAUGAUGACGAUGGCAAAAAGGUGGCACCGGAUGUAAUUGCCGGAACACCUGGACAGGAAUCGGACGAACUGGCAGCAUUCGUACAGCAGGAGGGAGCCCGUACAGAACGACUGAAGAAACGUUACAGUGCGGAAACAUCUACUUCGGCACCGGCAUCGGGAGCAGGUUCAGACGAUGACGAACACAAUGAUUAUGGCUUCAACUCACGACCAUCGGUUCGAGGAAUCAAACCGCGCUUCGGAUCGACCAACGAAAUUCUGCAGCAGAUGCAGGCUCAACUGGCAGCACCUUCCCCGCCUCAGUCAAAAGCUCAAACCAGCAACGCACCUGCUCAACCAAUUCAGUCGAACACAUUCCCACGACCGCACACGGCCAGUAGUUUGCAGUUGGCCGCAGCCAAGCAACAAAUCACAACCCAUCAACACACGGCAUCCUGGAGCUACUACCCAGUCGAGAAUGCCCAAACGAAGACGGUGGCGGCUGUGGCAGCCGCGUCCUCUGCCGGAGCCAACAUGGUGGCCGCAGUCGAUCCUCACGGAAACUAUUAUCACAUUCCUGCUCAAGCACGCCACAGCUACCACGGUCAGGAAGCUAUCUAUCAAAACUGUGCCCAACUACCGGCCGGCAAUAUCCAAGCGAACACGGUUCAUGUGCAGUCGCAACAAAUUCACACGCAACAUCACGCCGUUCACACGGCCCAUCACAUACACCAAGCGGCGGAUCCAGCGGCCUACGGAAAGUUUGCCCGAAGUCCUACCCGAAGACCGGAGUCUCCGCCUCCGCUGAGAAACUAUCAUCAGACGAUGGUGCUCAUUCCGUACAACGCCGAAACGUACCAACGAUACACGGCCCAGGAACAGGAGAACUACCGACGGCAGCACAAUAUUGUUGAGUAUCAGCAGGUCACCCAGCAAACCAUUCGAGUUCCGGUUGGUUAUCCACUACCGGGCAUGCAACUGCACGUUGUUGCCGGCAGAGGUGCUCUGCCGCCUCACUACUCAACCUUGCCCCGAUUGGGAUCAAGUGGACCGACAGGAGUGGCAACGGUAGCUGCCGUUACCGGUCCCAACGCUCCACAGGGUAAACCACCGGCCUACAGUCAGUAUCCGGUAGAAAAAGGAACGGUGAAAUUCACCGAACGAGGAGCUCCCGAAGGAGCGGCCAGUGUUCAGCCGACAGAUGCCAACACCUUGCUAUCACCUACGACCCCGGGUCACGGACCACCAACGGUCGCUCCGGCGUCGUCGGCUGCCAACGCGAUACCAACCAGUGCAGGAGCACCCAACGUUGCGAGUUCCGUGGCCCAAAGUCAGGGAGCUGUGUUCUAUGCCAUGAAUGUCUGACACGGCGAUUAGAUGCAUGUCACGAUUCGAUUUGAGCAGUACCAGAUGGCCACCAGCGAUGGCACACAUCAUCAGGAGGAAGGUAGCUUUACUACUAGUAAGAAUAACAACAACAACAAUAACCAUAGACUAACGGAAGGGACAGCACCGGCAAGUGACCUAUCCGGCGAGGGUUGCUGAAACUAUGGGUCAAAUGUCACACGUUUCAAGAUCGGAGUUCGGUUUCGAAACGUGUGAGAUUUUUUGAACUAACACAACGAUUUUGGAUAGGAAACGUGCACACUCUCAAGGCAAUGCUCAAAACUUCAAAGCUUCCUUGUCAUUUGUUGUAAAAUCUGUGUAUUUCUACCGUAAGAUACCAUACCGAGCAAAAACAAAGCUGUUAAACCAAAUACAAAAAAGAAAGAAAGAAGUAAUCAGAUCAUAUUGUUCGAAGGAACAAAAAAAAAGAUUUAGUCAGUGUACAUAGGAGAAGGAAAAGAUACUAAAAUUCUGAAUAUAAGCUCACAAAUCUAACAUUUCUCUCUUUGUCUCUCAAAGAUGCACUUUUUGUCUAGUUUAUCGAAUUGGCUCGGAAACAAGCCGUCAGCGCAGAAAGAAAAAAAAACGUUGUUUUGGUUACCUAGGUUAGUAGUGUUCUAGAUAUCUCUUCGAAGCAAAAAAAAAAAAACACAGAACUAAAAUAAGUUGAAUCGAUGCAUUUUAACUCUCUCUCCUCCCGAAAGAGAGACCUUUUCCGAGUUAACAAUCGAAUGAGCUUAUGUUAUAUAAAUGUAAUCUUUGGUGCUAUGAAAGUUGUUUUUGUUUUUGCUCACUACGAAUCAGCAGCUCAAUUAAGCUUGCACUUUCGACAUUUAGGUGAUCAGUGCUGUCAAAGUAGCCGAAUUGAUUGAAUUCAAAAUUCCAAUAUUUAAUUCUCAACGGUAGGUGGGAAAUGUGAUAAAUGUUUACAUGAUGCCAAGGGAACUGCAUUGGUGGGAAGAAGGAAUCCUUAUCGGCGUCAUGAACGCUCAAGUUGAUUUGUUUGAAGCAAACAUACCACCAAUGCAUAUGCGCAUUCGCUGGAGUCAGUGCCGCCAACGACAAAAAAACUUUUCAUGUAUUUAUCAUGUAAUUUCAUCGAGUAUUUGUUAUUAAUUAUGAGAAAUAAUGGUUUUAUCACAGAUAACAGAUAUACAGGCUCGAACAAAAUUUUUUCAAAAUCCUGUGUAAAUUUUCAAUUUACUAUACGUUGGAAACAGUACUGCCACCUACUCGACUGUUCGCCGCGAUCUUUCAAAACGUUCCACUACGUUCCGGAACGAUAACAAAAUCCUCCUGCCUGUUACAGGAAUAUUCCAACUACAACAAUUUUAACACUUAUCACACGAUUUCCCUAAGUGUUAAAAACAAUUUUAUUUCCAUGUCGCAUAAAUCACUCGAGAAUUCGAUCGGAAUAAAACAAAAAUAAACUUGUCGUUUUAACCAACAGCAGAACAAAAUUCUAGCGUGAAGUGAAUGUUGCACCCAAAAUUGUGGCUCAGUGAAAGCGGCACUCAAAUAGUGGUGGCACCUCGUGUCGAUCGUAGUGACAUCUGCAAGUGUUCGCCACGCUGAUUGAGCAAAUUUUACACACAGUUCAUAUGUGAGCCUGUAUAUCUGUUAGCUGUGGUUUUAUUCUUUUUAGUUAAGAUAUAGCAACAUAUUCUUAGAGGGUACGUUUCACCCCAUCUUUCUCCAGAAGCUGAAAAAUGUAUUCUACACUGAUAAAAAUCGACACGUUUUGAUCAGACGGGUUUACACUUAAUUUCGCCACAUUUGUCUCGACACUUUAAUUGCAAGUGUAAGUCUUUUCAAAUCUUAUUCAAAUGAAAUCACAUCGAAUUCUAUUUGUAAUGUAAUAACAGCAGAUAAAUUCUAAAUGUAUGGCACUUAGUAUUCAAUUCGUUUGACACAUACAGUCGAAUUGUCAAAUAAGUACAUAUGAACUGACGAAAAAGCUUAGAUUUUAAAAGUUUUAUACCUAAUUCUCAUGUAGAAUGCAUUUUCACAUGAGGUGCAUAGGAAUUUGAAAUUGAACUGUCAUCAUUUAGAUAAGAGGUUCUAAACUAUUUGCUGAAUAUUGUUAAGUUAUAUAAUUUUAUGAUGGUAAUGUUUAAUUUUUUUUUCACCGACUUGUAUAUUAGCCUUGAAAGAAUCGAACGAUUUUGUUUGGAAGUCCAUAAUUCAAUUAACUGAAAACACAAACAUUUUACGAAUCCUGCAAAUAAAAAAAAAAUUCUGGUAAAUUUUUGAAAGGCGCAUCAGCAAAUGACGGUUUCCCCUUUCGUUUAUUUUUUUGCUUCAAGUACCACCGGAUAGUUUAUGUUUUCAUAGUUAGGUUCAUGCAUGAUGAGAAUGGUGAAAGCAAACAAAAAGAAUCUGUCACUCGCUGGUACGUUGAUUCUUGCAGCCAUUUUGUAUUAAACAUUUUUAUGAUAUGGUUGACACUUAGUAUUACUGCAAUUGACAUGGAAUAUAAGAAUUAUUGAGAGAACAUAUACACUCACUGUACUAAAAAAAAAUUACAAAAGAUCUUUUGAAAUUGGGUAGUUUUGAAACUCUCAGGGAAUUAAUAAGCACAUAUCUUAAUCAGAGCUAUUGAAAUAGAUUUUCAUUGACUCAAAAUAAAUUAAAAAAGACGAGAGAUAAAUGUGACUCUCUGGUCCGCUUUCAAAUUAUAAGAACGAAAUCACUGUUCAGUCAACGAUAUGUGCGAAAUAUGUAGUACACUGAUUUAUGCGGUUUUUUUAUGCGAAGUUUCAGAGUUAUGCGGCUUUUUUUAUGCGAAUUUUCAAAGUUAUGCGGUUUUUUUAUGCGGUAUGUAAAUUCGCAUAAAAAAGACUUCAGUGUAGUUUCAAAAUUGAGUUUUUUCUCUCAUUUACCCUUUCAGUCAUUUUCGGUUUUCAGUGAAAAUCGUAUACUGUGCAGUGUCCAUAGCUUUGAGAUGCGAUAUUGACAGCAAAAAAGAUUUAAACGAUAGUGACAGAAAACGAUUCACGAGGUUCCAAAGAGGUUCUGGGGUGUGAGUAGUUCAAUUUAUCAUAUUUUAUACACUCUUCUAAACAUCACAAAUUUUCAUUAUAUCGAUGAAACAAUAUGAAUUGAAAUUCAUUAUUUUUGUUUCAUCUUGUCUUAGGGAAACAAGUGACGUUGACAUUGAAACGCUCUUUUGGUUCAAUGAGAGACGAAAAUUCUUCGUAUUUCUUCGUUUGCUUUGGGAGAGAUCAUUUACGAAUGAGACAGUUAAACCAAAAACCAAAUAUGGAACUGUUUGUAUGAAUUCUUUCAUUGAAAAUGCGUAACAAUUUGAAGCUCUGAUCUGGUAUGUUUUUGAAAAGUUUCUUUCAAAAAUUACCAACAGACUUAAAAUUGAUAUACUGAUUAACGUUGCAAAUAGGAUACCGAAAUUCACUGAAGAUUUUUUAAGCAUGAAGUUGGGUUAUUUAACCUCCCCCUCUAGACUAAAUGCCCGCACCUUGGACUCAACACUGCUGUCGAAAUCCUGUUCAACACUUGCGCUAUUUGCCUUCAACGCCGCCAUCUACUGUUUCUUUAAAGCCUUGUCGAUUUUUGGAGACCUUUACUGUUUUCCGGGCCUUUCUCCUGAUCACCAUCUCGGUGGGUUUAAAUUUUUAACCAGGUUUAAAUUUUUAAGCUUGUUGGGCACCAAAACAAAAUGGUUUGUUUCGUACUACUUUAUUACCGGUUUCGCGUAGUGGUACGAUGCCAGAUCCGUCCAGAAUGAUCUUCAUAGUAGUGUGGGUAGGAUCAUAGUAACAGCCAUUUAAUGGUUCUGUACGCUAUGAAGAUUGUUGAAACAGAGGGUCAAAGGCUUUGGUUACGUCGUGGCGAGCAAUCGUCUUUCACCAGUAGCAGCAAAAGCAGUCCAUCUGCGUGGUUUAAAGUCUCAUUUGGAUGAGGUUCUGGAUCUGAGCUCGAAAACUGAAUGUUGGAGCUGAGUUCAAAACCUGUAUUCUGCUCCACUUGAAUUGUUAACUUUUCUGUUUCGAUUAUAGAGGUUUUAACCUUAAGGUCAUUCGCCUCUUCGGGCCAGAAAAGUUUUCUGGCCCUAUGUGCGGGGUUGGGAAUCGAACCCAGGCAGGGUAGGCUGUUUGAAAGACAUUGACUUACCCAUCACGCUAUACCCGUCCCCUACGAAUUCUUAACUUAAUUGAAGAAUUAGAAUUUAGUUUCAGAAUAAUGGUUCGAAAUUUAAAACUAAUACUCUGGAAUUGAAUUUUAGGAACAGGUUUUUUUACUAGAUUUUAAACCUGAAUUUAAUAUUGAAGUUUAGAAUUCAGUUCGGCACCUGCAUUCUGAAAAUUUAGUUUGAGAAUAUUAGAACUGGAUUCAUGAACUAAAUUCUGAGACUGACUGAGGUUCCAAAUUCUGUUUUUAAUUCAGUUAUUUUUUUCAGUGUCUUGGUCCAAAAUUUAAGUUUCAGUGUCUUGGUCCAGAAUUUAAUGGCAAAAAGAACUUAACUGUUAUAAAUAUAGGAUAAAUUACACAAAUCGGUUCUUUUUAGAGCCAUUUGAAUACUUCUAAAGAGCUAUACGAAGUUUUCCUCCACUAUGAAUGUAAAUCUACAAAACUAAAAUAUCAUAUUAAAAGUCUAAGUGUGUCAAGUAGGAGAGAGGGAGGCUAUGUUAAAAGUCUACGUAGUCUCAUAUUUUUUUUUAUUUGACAAAUAAUUUUCUGCGAAAUCCAGUCAACCUUAGCCAGAAAAGUUUUUCAUCAGCUUUGCUUCACCAAGAAAAAUUUGAAUAAAAGUAAACGUUUAACUUUGUGGAAGUCAAAAUUUUUGAAAAAGGGGGACCUGGGUUCGAUUCGCAACUCUGGAGAAAGAGUUAAAAAGUUUUUCUGGUCAAAACUUCUACAAUCGAAAAAAAAUCCGUAAAAUACCUACACCUCAGAGUGUAUUUUACGGAUUUUUUUGAUUGUCUCUUUCCCGUAAAAUGAUCGUUCAUUUGAACCCCGAAUAAAGCCCAUUUUCUUUCUCAUUGCUCAUCCGGUAAAGACGUUUGUAUCUCACACCCGUUUGUGUAUCUGUGUCAGGCCCGUGCGCAGGGGAGGGGAAGGUUCCCAUGGAAGUUUUUUCAACAGUAAGUUCCAUGAGCAAUAGAGUUACUUUUUAUAUGAAAGUGCAAAUAACUUGACUUUUCUUUCAAAUCCCCGUCCCUCCCUUGAAUCCCCAUCCCCCUUUUUUUAUUCAAUAAUGUAAUAUACUUUUAGGCACACUGCUUAAGCUGUAAGAUGCCAAGGGUAUUUUCUAAUCUUAAUAAACGACUAACUUAAAACUAGAAUAGUAUCAUUAGACUAUGUCAUCUCGGGUUCUCGUAAGCCCCAUUCCCCUUGAACCUCUCCACCCUUUUGACCACUCCCUUGAACCCUCCAUUGAAUCCCCUCCCCUCCCCUCCCCACUUGAAUAAUUUCUGCGCACGGGCCUGAUCUUCUGUUGACUGAGAAUUCAUUGCACCACCCGAUAAACGACUUGCAAAAUUUAAGAACGGGGAAAAUUUCAAAAAAAAAUAAGUUGGAAAAGCUAUUUGGAAAAGUUUGCGAAAGUCUACAAGUGAUAGUGGAUUUAUUUGAUUUAGUAGGGUUUUCUACGCUUUCUUAAAGCCGUACGGCACAUGGUGGAAUUAGUUCAACCAAGAAUUGACCCAUUGUUUUCCUGUUCCAUGUCGUAAAAAGCCACUAAAACUGGAGUUCGCAAAUCAAGGUGUAUUUCCAUGCCGAUGACUGAAAGAUUGCAGUAGCUUAAAUAAUUCAGUCAUAAAUGGAUCCUUUGGGGGCUUUAUCAAAACUCCUUGUUUAAACUCAAUUCAAACACAGUUAGGCUGAUUAAUUGAAAGCUUAAACAGAAAAUAUAUGUAUAUUUUUCGGCAUAUUUGCCGUAUAACCGAAAUAUAAAUUCCAGUGGAGCUAAAGCCAUCAAUAGUGAAUUAAUUUCUAUUUAGUUGCUCUCAUACAAUACUUAGUUGUGAGAUAGUGUUAGUUUAUCAAGCUAUCAAUCGAAGUAUGAUACCCUACAUAAUCUUUCUUAUCAUCCAUCCUACGAGACAUGACCUCAUAAGAUGGAUGGUGCAUCUCGGACGACACUGCUGAAAAGCGUGAUGCUCCGAGAAGUAAAAAUUACCCGAAACUUCUAGUAUUACUGGAAUUGAAUGGGCUGAUGAUUUGGCUAGAGCUGGUGCAACGAAUGAUUUCGUUGGUUCUAAGCCAGCUUUAUCACUGUUCACUAGUUAGAUAAAGCACAGGAUUCGUUCUAGGGCUACAUCCAAACAUGCCAGCUACUGGCACAGCUUACAAACUUGCACUCAGAAAAAAGUAUAUUCACCAGGUUUGAAUCUGAUCAUGUCAAAAUGUCUACUGCAUUUUUCCAAGCAACAUUGCGGGAUUCUGGUCAGAGCUCUAGACUGGACAUUGCAAACUCAACCAUCACAUAGCUACUAUUCAGCGUGCUGAGUAUUAUUCGUGUGAUUUAUGUAAGUGCCGUUUUGACGCCACUUUGUAUUCGGGUUUUUGUUUGAAUCUGUGUAUGGUGAGCUAAAACUGAAGGAUAUUCUAUCGUUUCUCACUUCUAAUUUCGUAACUACACAACGGAUUGCCACCAAAAUUGGUACAGGUACUUCUUGUUCUACAGAGAUGGCCAUAAGGACAUUCUAGGGAGGAGAGCGUAUAGCAAGUGUCCCUAACUUUUGAAGACCAUGAAUACUUCUUGCACAAUUCGGCUAUGGUCGAAUAUGGAUAGGGGUUUUGUGGGGAGCGGCUGUAGUAGGUGCCUCUAACAAGAGGGGUUCGAUGUAAAAUUGAUCGAAUUCCUUAAAAAUGGUACUUCUGCUGAGUACUAUUUACAAUUCAUAUGUGAUCAUUAGGGUAUUUCAAAGGGUGUGGAUAGAGUAAGUUUCCUAAACAAUGGGGGGUUCUAAGGCCAAAUUGAUGAAUUAAAUUAUGAUUCAACAUACCUACAAAACAAUUCAAAAGAUUGCCACCAAACUGUUCAUAGGCUUCCAUGAGAUAAUUUCAAGAGGGAAGAGGUGUAGUAAGUGUUUGCUAACAGAGGGAGGCUGAGACAAAAUAUUUGGAAAUAUCUGAAGGUUGAUUUUUUUUGUACAAACACAAAUAUUUCUUGCAACUAGGGGAAUAGGCGUGAAUUGAUAGCAAGUGUCUCUAGCAAAGAAGCUAUACAGUCAAAUUGUUCAUUUAUAUAUUUCGGCAUAACAUCGGUAAAUUAGCACCAAACUUGGACUAGGUACUUUUUGCACUUCAGUGGUUAUUUUUUAAAGUAGAAGGUUUUCUAAUUGCUCUCGACGAGCUAAGAUAUUUAUUGCAACUCAGAGGAGCACAAAAGGGUGGAGUUAGUCAAAAGUGUCUUUAAAAUAGGUAAAAUGUUAAUAUUGAACCAAUCGAAUUUGACGGCAAACAAUACUUCUUGAUGAAUACAGAAUUGGCGGUUCAAUGCAUAGGGCACUAAUAUUAGAAACCCGUUGUCUUCGGUUCGAGUCCCGACCUGGAAGGAUUUUUAGUGUCAAUAGGAUCGUAAUGGCUAGUAAGCCAUGCAAUGAUUCUGUAUGCUAAGUAUCGGUUGCGAAGUCUGUUGAAUCAGAGAGGCCAUGAUAAACACAGAUACUGGCCCUUAUUACCGUUCUCACUUCCACUUUCACAUUCACGUCACUUCACUUGAUUUUACCUAUUACCAAUAUCACGCAUAGUGAAGUGAUCACUGUGGUGGAAAAAAACUAUUUUUUUCAACAAAAUGUUGCUGGCAUGAUGUUCAUAAUGACAUCAAGUUCAUCCAAGUAAUUACUUUCAUCUCUGAAGCGACUUCCGUAAUAAGGACCUACAUUCACUUCACUUGCUUUCCACCGUGUAGUGACACCGGUAAUAAGGGCCACUACUUUCAAAGAUAAAAUCAACCCGGUUUGACGAAAAUAUCGUGAAAUUUCAACGUAAAAAAAGUUUUCCUCAUGUAUGUGUAUUAUUGGAUUAUGUAUAACAUAAUGGAUAACUAUGGAACAAAAAUUAGUUGUAAUUGCCACCCGCAACUAAUAUUUUGGAAUUUCUUUCUCAAGCUGUCGAAAAGAGACAAACAUAUUUGGAGAAGAUCUGAUUUAUUGAAAAAAAGGAUACAUUGUCCAUUGUUGAAAAAAAAUAGUGAACAUUUGAAAACGGUCCGUAAUCGGGUGUUCGGCGAAGCUUCCGUUUGAUGUCGGAACAGCAGCGUUGUACGGCCUUUAUGUCAACUUUGCGAAUGCAUCUCUCGAUUCUUCCAAUCAAAUGUUUGCAAUUCGUGGCUCUCCAGUUAUUUUUGUACACCAAGGAGCUCAAAACCCCGAAGAAAUCUUCGAUUGGGUGACACUGAGGUAGAUUUAUCGGGUUGUGGUUUUUGGGUACAAAUGGGAUCGAAUGGGUAUUCAGGAACGGUUGUGUUUUUUGGCGCAAUGCGAUGACGCUUUAUCCGGCCAAAACACGUAUUGUCCAUCAGCAUGAUGUUUUUGAAAAAAACGGGAUCAAAAUUUUCUACAAACAUUCGUUCUGGUACACAUCUUGAUUGAUUACCUACCCAGAUGGCUUGAACCAUGGCUUAGAAAUGCCAUUCUCGGAAAUGACAAUGUACAGCAUCACUUUCUGUUCAAACUUAUGUUUGAACUAAUAUUUUAUGUUCGGAUGUACAGUAGAACUAUCCGUUGAAUAGUAUCGAUCGUUUGCGGGAAUCUGCGUCUCCGAAAGAGGGUAACUUUCGUCGUCCAAAACAAAACUUUUUCCGGAAAAAAUUUUAAUCAACCAGCGGCAUUGGGACUUCAGCGUUGAAAUCUGUGCGUCAGUAUAUUCCGGGGCUCGUGUCUCCUUUCGGCACUUUAUUCCGACUCUUUUCAACGUUUUGCAGAUGUACUGGUGAGAACAGUUGAACUUUUUUGCGGCAUCCCUUUGACUAAGUGAAUCCUUGUUGUUGAAGGCACGAGAAAGAGAACGAAGUCCUUUUGCGUCCAUAAUUUUGGUUGGUCUUCCAAUACCUUCCCUACGAGCAGUUGUUGGGCAUCUUAGGAUAUUGUAAACUGUCGAAGCCGCGACAUUUUUGCUUUUAAAAUGUUGUACCAUAUACUAUUUGCCGAGUUUUCUGUGCAGUUCGUAGAACUGUACAAUGCGCUCGCGAAGUACUUCUUGUUUCGACGGCAUUUUUUUUUGAAUAUCUAUUUAUUGGAAUAUGAGUUAAAAUUAAAUUAUUAAGAUUUAAAUUGGGUGUUCAGCCACAAGUAGUGACUUUUCAGCCCUAUUAUAUAUAUGAUUUGGUUGUUACCAUGAGGACAUCAUUAGCUUCCGCAAUUCUGAGAUAUUUGUGUAGGGAAAAUUCUAAACCUACUUGUAUUAUGUAAUGGGGAAAACGAACUUAUAUACUAACUUACUAACUAGUACAGAGAGCGAAUCGAUUCAAUUGAAGAUUGCAUCGAUUUUCGUCGGAAUUUGCUUAUAAUAUUAUGUGACAUUACAUCUAAUGGUUCUAUAUUUGUAAGUCUGUGUAACUCAUUUGUAGUAAACCAGGGAGGACGCUUCAAAAUCAUUUUAAGAAUUUUAUUCUGAAUCCUUUGAAGCGUUCUCUUCCUGGUGGAACAACAACUUGACCAAAUUGGUACUGCAUAAAGCAUGGCUGAUCUGAAAAUUUGUUUAUAAAUUAACAAUUUGUUUUCUAGACAGAGUUUAGAAUUUCUGUUUAUAAGAGGAUAUAAACAUUUAAUAUAUUUAUUACACUUUGCCUGGACUCCUUCAAUGUGAUCCUUGAAAGUGAGUUUUUUGUCAUACGUUAAACCUAAGUAUUUAGCUUGAUCAGACCAUGUCAAUUCCAAGCCAUUCAAUUUGAGAAUGUGAUUAUUGUUUGGUUUAAGAAAAGAAGCUCUUGACUUAUGAGGAAAGAUAAUUAAUUGCGUUUUUGCUGCAUUUGGUUUAAUUUUCCGUUUGACAGAUAAUCACUGAAAAUAUUUAAACUUUUUUGUAGGCGACUGCAGAUCACUCUUACAUUUCUGACGGCAUUUUGAGCAAAACUGAGCAAGAAUGAGCAGAACAGAAAAUACUAGCAGAAAUAGGAGAAAGAGAGAUAACACAUACACACUCUUAGUUCUUUAUGAGCUCGUUUGUUGUUGAGCAUACAGGCCUCGAAAACAUUCCAAAAUUUUAGUUGCCACCCGUUAUUUGCAGGAAAAGGAUGUUCUAAGUCGCAUCAAUUUCCAAGGUGGCGACUUCCGGCUCAUUGGUAUUCGUUACAAACCAUCAGAAUAUUGGGAAAACGAUGUUUGAGGUGGUUCUGAAUUCCAAAAUGGCGACAUCCAGUUUAUUGAUCAAGUUUAUAGGAAUAUUGUAAAGGUUUUUGAGGAAUACCAAUACACUGAAGUCUUUUUUUAUGCGGUUUUUUUAUGCGACUUUUUUAUACGAAUUUUCAGAGUUAUGCGGUUUUUUUAUGCGAAGUUUCAGAGUUAUGCGGUUUUUUUAUGUUCCGAAAAUACCAAUAUUGUAGUAAUUUCCAUGGAAUAUAAAUGAGCCGGAAAUGAUUAUUGUUGUAUGCAAAAACCUCUUUUUACGAAGUAGGUACGUAAAAAAAGUUUACGUCUUUUGGAAUUUUGUUCGUAAAAAGAGUUACGUAAAAAGAAGUAACGUAAGAAAAGUUUACGUAAACGGAGGUUUGGGUGUAUUAUGAGAUCUUAGAUGGCAUACUGGUCGAGCUCAGAUAGAGCAUAUACGGAGUGUUGUUCAAUCGGCUUGUGUUUUGUCUCUGUGUAUUUUUUCCAUAGUUCUAAAGACUGGAGGAAAAAUAGUGUUCAAACUUAUAGAUCUAAAACUCUACGUCUUCAUUCAUAAGAUUCACGGCCAGCUUUAGGAAUAAAUUUUACAAUUUUCUCACGCUUGCUUUUUCAAGACAUGUUUUAAAUAUUUAUAACCCUUUAGAAAUAAUUUUGGACAAACUUCAUUCAUUCAGACUCAUACGGAGCAAGACAAUCAACUGCCCAUUUUAUCGAAUCAGUUGUAUCAGCCUGAAAAGUUUGUAUCAAACAAACGAUUGAGUACUUCAUAUUUAUAUGUUGAAUAUUCUCCGUCUCGGAUUUUUAUUGAAUUGACAUGAAAGUUUUUAGAUUUUGACAGUAACAGUGAACAGUGAUUAGUAGUGAAAACCCAUAUCUAUUACAUUUUUUAAACUCACGAACUAGCAAGGCAUCGUGUUGAAAUUAACCAAAUUUUGAUAACAAUACCUUUUACAAACGCCUUCACACCCAGUCUCCUCGACAAUCAUUUCUUUUAAAUCGUUAAGUUUUCUUGUCGUAUUGUACGACAUUCCGAUGAUUUCACGGUUUAUCAGAGCUGUAACAAAUGUUUUCCAUGAACACGCCAAUUGUGUCAAUGAGCCAAGGAGUUAUGAAGACAGAUGAACUAGUGAAGGUCACUUGCGAUGGGAAGUAACUCAGAACUUAAAUUUCUACAGGGAACAGUGUUAAUUAGCAGAGUGCUGUUUCAUUGGAUUGUUUUCUAAAAUGUUUCGGUCACAUCUUCAAAGUAGCUCAAUAGCAAAGCAGUUCCUCGAACUGGUGGUUGUUUGUCGUUUCCUAUCUUCCUAUCUCUAGGCGAUCGUUUCUAUGGAUAGGAAAAGUGUGUCACUGAAUUUGAUGAACAUUUUACUUCAAGCCAAAAAAAUGCGAAAAAAACAGUUUUCAACAGGGCUAAAUGCAUUUUGAAAUGAAACAACAGAAGUAAUAAAAAAACGACGCUACUUUGACCACUGAUUGCCUGAAGCGUUGCCUGACAUUCCACAGCACCUACAGUCUCUUUCAAAUCUUUCAACUAGGAGUCGUAAUUUGAAAAAGAACACACCAAUUUAAAAAAAAUUAUUGAUUGAAAACUAGUUAGCUUGCAAAUGGCAUGAAAACAAAACAAAAAAAAAUGCCGUAAACGAGUAAAACGUGAACCAAAACAACACAAGUGAAUUGAAACCAGACACUAGUAGUAAUGUAAACAAGUGUAAAAAGCCACAAUUGAUAACUGUAAUGUAAACUUUAGUAUAGAUGAACGUUCCUUCACCAAAAAAAUAGCUAACAAGUAGUAACUGUAAAUAUCACCCAUCAGUGAGACAGAGCAUACCGAAGAAAACAGUUUACUUACAGAUUACUAUUGUUACUCAUAGGAUAAGGUUUAAACUUGCAUUCCGUAGGAGUAAACUUAAUUGGUAUAGGAUAGAAAGAACAAAACAAACAACAACAAAAGAAUAAAAAAAACAGUAAAAUACAAGGCUCAACAGUACUUUUUUGAUGCGAUUGCGAGAAAUUUUGGCUAAGAUGCCAUAACCCAUACACACACACUCAACGAAACGAGACUAUGCGAUGAUGGUCACACAAAUACACACUACGAAAAAAACAAAUAAUAUGUACUUAGUGCCAAAGGAAGAAGGAUCAACAUCUCAACCCACUCAUCAUCACUCCCCAUUUGCUCGUUUCGAUUGUUUUUUAAUGCAUCAGUUUUAUUCCGUUUACCAAACUUUUAUGGUUUUAAAUUGUACAUUUACCAAAGACUUUCCAAAUGCGAAUAUAUUCUUACUGUGUUAUUUUUAUUUUUUAUUUUGUCGUUUUAAUGCUAGAUAGUAGAAUCACGAAUGUCUUCGUCCGUAGAUUUAAGUUACUUAAAGUUUCACCAUACGCUUUAGUUUUUGUGGCAACAUUUGCAGCACUUUGCAGACGGCUCAGCAAACAAUGGGAAUUAAGUAGUUAUUAAGAGAAGAAUAAAAGAAAAAAAAACAAAAAGAAAAAAAACAUCAACAUCGCACAACUGACAUGAAGAUACAAUAUUUUUGUUUUGUUUUUGACAAACAGUAUAUUGCAAGUCGAAAAAAGUGGCAGCAAAGCAAGUAGACUAAUGAAAAUAGGAAAAAAAAGCUUACAACACAAAUGAAUAUUUGAAUUUAAAAAAUAUAUUGCAAAUAAAAGCUAAUACAACAACAAUACUACUACUACUUAGUGGAAAGCGGUUUUUUUCUGUCGUUUCCAUUGAUAUGACAAUGGCAUUACGUAAGACGAGCUGGCAGUAGAAUAAAAGAAAUUAUCAAGUGCUAACAGUCAUUACAGUCAGGCGCAGUAGGCGAAGCUGGCAUUAAGGAAACAAAAGUGUAAAAGUAGCGUAAAAAAAACACAAACAGAAUUAUAUACAAAUUGAACAUUUAAUGUACUUUAAAAGUAGCAAACGAGAAAAAAAAACACAAAAAAGAGUGAAAAAAUUGGAAGAAAACAACGCUGCAAGGUAAACACGUGUAUCUCAAAAAUAAAAUUGUUUUGAAAAUUAAAUCUGAAAAUCUAUACAAACAUAUAUUUAUUGGAAUACCGGAAAAAAAGCAACAAAGCUACAGAAUAAUUAUGCAAGGUUCUAGCAGCUAGAGGGGAAGAAAAUGAAUGCAGAUUCUAGCGUAAAUUUGUUUCGGAACGGCGGCCUCCCCCCUCCCCACUCCGUAACGAGUAAUUUUUCCACUGCUGACUAGGAGGAACUAGGGAAGGUUCCACUACUUUACGAUGUGUAUCACUCUGAGCUAUACUUCAGAAGAUUGAAACCUAAAGAAUGUUGUUUAUCUCAUUAACUAAACAAAACAUUACUAUUCAAUUGAAAGCAUUACAUAAUAGAGUUAGGAACGACAGUAAAUUGAGUGAAACAAAACAUGAAGAAAUUAGCAGAUUAGCGAAGGAUAGAGUAAUAAACUGAGCUAAAUUGAAAUAAAUUAUUGUUUUUAAUAAAA